CCACAUAGUCGAGCAUCGUUCGUUUGCCGUACGGCCAUCAGAACGGGGUAGACUGAGCGCAGCACAAUGCUCGUGCGAUAAGCCCUUUCAAACGCCAUGUGCUAAGAGAAUGAGAGCGUGGGUGAUUAGGAAGCAGGAAGUAAGACACUAGAUCAAAGCAAAACCAUAGCCCCGUCGUUACGCCGAUCUGCUGUAGUUAGAGUGUAGUUCUGCGCUGGUGAAGGUAAUGUCUGCAAAGUAGUAUCCGACACGUUUGGUUUGCGGUGUGGCCAGCCAUGUAUUGUGGGGUGGUAAAACUUGUGAUAAUAGUCCUGCUGCUGUCAGCCAACGGGCAACAAACGUCCGACACCACUGAAGAGUCUCCGGAAAGUUCGCCCACUUGGUACGAUGAAGUCUCCAGCACGAUCGGUCGUGAAGAGUACCAGGAUUUGGACAAUGUUGGAACGACGGCCGGCAUCAAUCAGGCAUCAAGUGGACAAGACCUCAAUCAAUCGCCUACAACCAGCGCAACGGUUCGACGGUUCGAGUUGGUGAAUGCACGCUUUCAGGACAACAUUCACAGCAUGAAGAAUAGUAGCGCGCGGCUGGACAUUGUGUUUCUGAUCGAUGCCAGCUCGAGUGUAGGGCCGAACAAUUUUCAAAGUGAGCUACGGUUCGUGAAAAAGCUUCUCGCUGGCUUUGACGUUAGUGUGAACCGUACCCGGAUUGCGGUGGUCACGUUUAGUUCGCGCAAAAAGGUGAUCCGGCACGUGGACCAAGUGUCACGGCCAGUGCCCGAGAAUGAUAAAUGUCUGCUGCUAAACUAUCAGCUACCGAGCAUCGAGUAUAGUGGCGGUGGAACGUACACCUACGGUGCACUGAAGGAGGCGGAAGAAAUCUUUACCGAGAGUCGAUUCACCACAUCCCGUCCGGGCAGCUUGGAACGCAUCAUCUUUCUCAUCACGGACGGAUAUUCGAACGGGCAGAGUCCGAUACCGAUAGCGCAAAGGUUGAAGCGUAGCGGCGUCCAGAUCAUCACCAUCGGGAUCGAAACGGGUAAUGAUGAGGAGUUGGCAAGUAUCGUAACGUCCAACGAACAUCGCUACUUGUUGGCAAGCUUCGAGCAGUUCGAAACGCUUGUCCGGCAGGCACUGCACCUCGACUAUCGUCAUGGACCAUCCGUACCGGUGGCUAAUGCUUCGUUAUGUGAUCGGUUAUGUGAUAAGACGAAGCUGAAGGAGCAGAAUAGUGCGGCACUCGGAUGUUGCGAUGAUCACGCCACCUGCACAUGUCUUACUACCUCCGGUCACUACCGAUGUUCGUGUGAGGCAGGAUAUACGGGUUCGGGUUUGCGUGGCGACUGUCAUCCGUGUCCGAAUGGGACGUACUGGACAGCGAACGGUGUGUGCGAGUCCUGUCCCCAUGCACGUCAUAUUACGCUCACGCUCGCAGCUACAUCAGAGAAGGAGUGCGUCUGUCCACACGGCUACCAAGAGAAUGAAGAUGGGCGAUGUGUUGCGAUUACCUGUGCUGAGCUGCAAGCACCGGAAAAUGGAUACUUUGUGAUGGAGCCAAAACCUUGCAGUCAGGUACUGAACGCUGCCUGUGGUACGCGUUGCCGUCCGGGGUAUGAGCUAACCGGUAGUAGUAUACGGCUAUGUCAGGAGAACGGAGAAUGGUCCGGCACAGAGGCAAAGUGUACGAUGAAGAAAUGUCCACCACUGAACAUACCUUACUACGGUAUGGCCGUCUGCAGUAAUCCUGACCUGGAUCUGCUGUACGACUACACGCCACGCAACAAAUCUUUUCUCCAAAACUACAGUAUGUCAGCGGAACGCUUUACCGAAGAGAUGCCAAUCGACACCGAGUGCUCGUUUACCUGUGGUCCGGGAUUCUAUCUGAAAGGAUCACACAACCGGAACUGUUUGCCACUGUCCAAGUGGGAUGGCUUACAAACGACUUGUAAACAGAUCCUAUGUCCAGCAUUACCUAAGGUAGCAUUCGCGACGUACGACCCCACCGACUGUGCCGAUACCAAGUCAGCCUUCGGUACGAACUGCACACUGAUCUGUGACUUUGGCUUCGAGAUGAAGGGAGGACCCUCGACCAAACAGUGCGCCGGCAAAAGGACGGGCACGUGGAGCAAACUGAAGACGCCACGGUGCAUCGACAUAGCGCCACCGUACAUCGAAUGUCCCGGCAACUAUACCGUACUGAUGGACGACGAUUACCCGUACGCCAUUGUACGCCGACUGCAGCAACCGUACGUGUUCGACAACAGUGGCGACAACUACACGUACUGGUCGAAGCCCGGCAUCAAAGAGGAGGGCACCCGACUCGGGCUAGGGGAUCACGAGUUUAGCUAUAUAGCGAUGGAUGCGUUCAAGAAUAAGGCUCGCUGUAGCUUUACCGUUACCGUGAUCGAUAAAACACCACCCGUCAUCGAGAAUUGUCUAGACGCUCCCCUACACUACGUCAGCGAUAAAAGCAAUCCACAGGAAACGUUUGUCCGCUGGGAGGAACCGAUGGUGUACGAUAAUGCGGGGCGCAACAUUACGAUCACGCAGAACGUUACGUUCGGCUAUCUUCCAGCGGGUAAACACGCGGUACAGUACCGUGCAGUAGAUCUCUCCGGCAAUGAAGCCGAAUGUGUACUGACGGUCGAGGUUAAACAGUACACCUGCGAUGACAUACCGGAACCUCGCAACGGGUUCUCGAUCUGUGCGUACAAUGUCUCGCACGUGUGGUGUGAGAUUGGCUGCAAGGAGGACUACAUGUUUAGCCUUCAGCCAGAGGAAACUAUCCGCAUGGUUUGUGACCGUGCACGGCCAACGUGGGGCGAACAGCUAGACGUACCGGAAUGCAGUAAGGUGAUCAGUUCGUCCGGUGUGGAAAAGAUCCUCACAAUCCGGCUGGAUGACGAUAUGGAUCCAGCGCUCUGUAACGAUACGGACGCCAUCAACGAGGUAUCGGAAACGUUCAGUGACGGACUGCGCGAGGAGCUGUGCGGAGCGCAGCAGGACUGCACACUCAUGACAACCUUACCGACCUGUUUGCCUGGCAAAAGUUUAUCACAAACUGAUACAGACGAGUCUGUCCGGUACAGUAUCGUGAAGCGUAGCGUAGAGUCACAAAGCUACUCAACGCCCGAACCGGUUCGCGCGAACGAUCGGGCGUUGGUGAAGAUAAUCGUCUACAAACGCGUCUCGCAGGAACUUGGCCUGUGGAGAUCGGAUGGGAAACAAUCGGAAAACAUUAAACGUAUAAAAGAGGAGCUUGAGAAGAUUAAUGGCAAGAAAAAACUGCGCCGUCGACUGGGAUCCCUCAAUUUGGAUCUCAGCGUACUGAAGCUGGACGAGAAGAUACGCUGUGCAAAUGGGAGUAUCUCAAAGAAACUCGUUUGUGUACACUGCCCUAGAGGAACGUAUCACAACUACACCACCAACAUCUGCGUCAGCUGUCCGAUCGGUUCGUACAACGAUCAAACGGGCCAAACAGUGUGUCAGCCAUGUCCGGAGCAUCAUUCCACACGCAAGCUGAAUGCCAAGCAUGCCCACGAAUGUAAACCUCAGUGUCCGCCUGGUACGGUGGCCCGGUUGAAGCUGUUGAAGAAGUCGAAAUCGAACGGCGGUGCCGCCGGGACGAUCAAGUAUCACAAAACCCUCAUGCCCUUCUGUCGGGCUUGUGAACCGGGAGAGUAUCAGGAGCAGUAUAACCGGGCCCAAUGUCAUCCUUGUCCGGCUAAUCACAGCUCACCACGUGGUUCGAAGUCACCCGUCGACUGUUUCCCUAUCGGCGGGCAGCUUUGCAACGAUAGUGGCUCCAAGGUGUGUGGCGCAUAUGGGAGAUGUAUCGCCGAACCUGCCUCUCCGCUCGGUUACCGUUGCGUCUGCGAGGAGAACUUUGUUGGUGAACAUUGCGAAAUUGCGUUGAAUCCUUGCGGUUCGGCACCAUGUUUUAAUGGAGGACAGUGCAUUACUGCCAACAGUAGUGGGGGGUUUGUGUGUCACUGUCAGCCUCCCUACACCGGAGGUCCCCUAUGCGAGUAUUACGUUGAUCCGUGUCGGUCCGACUACUGCCUGCAUGGUGGUACCUGCGUCGAAGCGGAUGGUAGCCCAUUCUGCGAAUGUCCACUAGGCUACGAGGGUGAUCGAUGCGAAUGGUCCAAGGACUUUUGUACGCCCAAUCCGUGCGAGUUCCAGGGUGUGUGCGUAAACGUCGACGAGGGUUACAGUUGUGCGUGUCCACGAGGAAAGACAGGACGUCGUUGCCAUCUGGAACCGUGCGACUACUUACCCUGCCCGACCGGAGCGUUGUGUUUGAACGGUGCGAACGAUACUGACACCAGACACCAUGACAGGUUCGCGGUAGUGCUGCAAACACAGCAGCAAAGCUCGAUGCAGUACUCGCUAAGCUACGUGUGCGUUUGUCCGAUAGGUCUGCGAGGCAACAACUGCACUCAGAUCGACAAUCCGUGUGAAACGGUAAAGCGACAUUACUGUCGAAAUGGAGCAACGUGUGAAGCUGUCAAGCUGCGUAAUCUCACCGAAAGUACUGCCGAUGACUACGACGACGAGAGCUAUCGCUCGGUACGCUGCCAUUGUCCACCAGGGUACCACGGUAACAGGUGUGAUCUCUUGCUAUCCGCCGCCUUUGAGUUUGACUUUCCGCGUAGUGGUGUACAUGCCUACGUUAGGCUGCCGGCACACACGAAACAAGACGGGGCGCUGAGAUCGAUCGGUAUGUGUGGAUGGUACCGGACGGAUGAUGAUUUCAACUACGGUACACUACUAUCCUACGCUACAGCUACAGCAGACAAUGCAUUCACAGUGACGGAUUAUAGUGGACUAGUACUGUACGUGAACGGUGCACAUGUCGUCACAAACGUCUCUCUAAACGAUGGUGAUUGGCACUUUGUUUGCGUUAGCUGGACAAGCGAUGGAGGACGCUACACACUCUACCUCGACGGAGAGCUAAGUGCACAGGGAUCGAAUCUAAGCGACGGUGUUCCGAUCCAACAUGGAGGACUGUACGUGUUCGGACAGGAGCAAGAUGUACUUGGAGGAGGUUUCAGUGAGACGGAAUCAUUCCGAGGCCGCAUGGCGUACGUAGAUCUCUGGAACCGACCGCUUGAGCUGAUCGAAGUCCGCCGCUACUAUCGAACCUGUGAGCCUUACAGUGGGAAUCUGAUACGAUGGCUAGACUUGCGACUGCAAACCGUUGGACAGGUACGCGUAGUAAGUUCAGGUUUUUGUCGUGAUUGUCCACGCAACCAUUCCCUGCCGAAUGGUUCGGUUAGGUACGAAGGGAUGAAGGCACGGUUCUGGUGUAACGAAGGGUACGAACUUAUUGGACCGUCGUUCGUAGAAUGUUUACGCACCUCCCAGUGGACUGCUGGUGUACCGUUUUGUAAGCUAACUCGCUGUGGUACUAUUAAUGCUCCACUGAACGGGCAAGUCAUACUAUCGAAGACCAGUUUCGGUGGUGAGGCUCGCUUUACCUGCGAUGAAGGCUUCCUGCUAGAUGGACCAGAUAUUCUGCACUGCACAGCACGAGGCACCUGGUCGGGUUCUGUCCCCGAGUGUAUAAGCAUCGUCAAGUGUUCACCAUUGGUGCUGGAGGAGAAUGAUGGCAGAGCACCGAUCAUCUACGCAACCGAACGUGGAGCCAUUCCACGUCCGCUCGCCAGCUACGAUGUAGGCGUGCUGGCAGAAGUACGAUGCUUGCCACAGUUUGCCCUAACCGAUGAUAACCUUCUGACGUGUCUGGAGAGUGGCCAGUGGGAUCUGCCACUACCAGAGUGUGUUCCAGUUCCGCCGACGACCACAUCACCACCAAACGAGCGCCAAUCGAAUCUAAUCAUACGCGUUAACCGACGACCGGACGUACAGUUCUGGAAGCACCUGCGAGACUAUCUCUUCCACGGCUGUAUACCUUCCAACGUACCAGGACGGCAGCUGUCACUGUUUUGCUAUUCCUCUUCCGGCACCAUUGCCGGCAACAACUGGACGGAUCUGAGCGGCUUUACGCUGCAGAAGGAUGCGCCAGCCGUUACAAACAUUGACGUGAAGCUGCUCGGGUUUCUGAUGCGCACCGUCAAACCGGACGUGAGUCGGCUGGUGCCAGAAAAUCUGCUCCACUACAUACUGUACGGUACGGUUGAACCGAUAGCACCGGAAAUGCGCUACCCGGUACAUAUCGAGAAUGCGUAUCGGUACGUCAUCUGCCAGUUUAUCGACAUCAUACUGAUGGAUCGGGAGCUUAACUACGAUGACGAGCUGGUGGUGGACAUACGGCAGGAGGAGAACACCAACACGAAGAUUAAGCAUUUGCUUAAAAACGUGGCGCAGGUUGUCUACCAGCAGUAUCAUCAUCUGCUGGAAGAGCGCAAUGCACGAGAGUCUGCGGCACUGAAAAAGAUCAUCGAGCUGGCAGAUGGUUUAAUGCCGGCGGGGACGAGUAGUUCGAAGAUCGCUACCACCACAACUACUGCAGCGACACCGCAACGUUGCCCGUUAAGUCAGCUACCAAGCCCUCCGAUCGAUAGUCACGUCAUGGUGGUUGAGUUGCGUACGGCUUUCCAACGCCAACAGGAAGAAUGGCGGUUUGAGAGCUUGGUAUACAGUGGACUGCAGGCAGAUCCUGGUGAUCGCAUCCAAUAUGGAUGUGAUGCUGGUUUCAGUAUGCGUGGUUCCGGCGUGACGGAGUGUGGUACGGAUGGCCGGUGGAACUUGGUGGAAGGGUUCUGUGAGGGUGCGGUAUGCGAGAAUCCACCCAGCAGACCUUAUAUGCUGAUUGCGCCUGAAUCCCGGGACAGACAGUACUACGUGGACGAUGAGAUCGAGUAUCGGUGUGAGCCGGGCUACACGAUCAAGGGUCAUCCGAUCGUGAAGUGUCAACCUAAUGGACGCUGGACGCCAAUGAUGGCACGCUGCACACGCAUUUCUUGUGGACGACCGAAAAACUUAGCCAUGGGGAAUAUACUGGCGGGUACUUCAUUCCUGUACGGUGAUUCACUCAAGGUGCGGUGUCAUCAACACACGGUGGAUAUCACCUGUCAAUCGAACGGUCACUGGACACCGUUCGAUGAGUGUUUCUAGUGAGUAAGUGACGCAGAGUAGCAUGAGACUAGGCUAGAGAUACAAUAUGCAAAUACAAAUACAAUAAAAACAACACAUAUUUAUAGAACACUUCACACUAGUUUUGUGCGUACUGAGUAAGAGUGAGUGAAAGAGUGAGUUAAUGCUUUCUAAAGAAUGAUUUGCAUCAACUCUUUGCAAAGAUUUUUUGGAACUCGUUUGAGAUUCGAAUCGCAGAGAUUUUCAACAACUCACUCAGAGUGAGUUUCAUUAUAACACGACUCUCAAAAGAGAGUUGUUAAAAGAUUCAAAUCCCGACGGUGAAGGAGUAAAAAUGAAUUAUUUCACUGAAAAAAA